GCGUGUGUUUCCCGCGAACUAGAGGUCCCCGCGCUCUCUGUGUGGCUGUGUGUUUGCUAGGUGAUGCACGGAGCACGUUGGCGUUAGGAUUAGCUUAACAAGAAAGUACUCAGCGUCUAUUAAAACUCGGAAACAUGGCGAAACAGAGCUCCCUCUUCAACUUUUUUACCAAGUCUCCGCCGCCGGUGUCCAAGCCGAAGCCGAAGCCCAAUCCCUCUCCGGCCGAGGCGGACCUGCCCUCCUCGGUGGAAAAGUCCAACUCCUCUCCGAAAGAACAAGCCAAACAAACCCCGCAGCUGCAGACUGCUAAGACCAGCAAAGUCAAACCAAAAAGUAGCUCCAAAUCCAGAAAAGUGGCGUUUAACAUGCUGUUCGGAGACAAGACACCGAAAGAUAAAGAAAGUAGCUCCUCAUGUGCAUUUAAUGCUGGUUCACUUGUGUGGGCGAAACUGGAGGGGCACCCUUGGUGGCCAUGCAUGGUGGUACCACAGCCUUUAACUGGACAGCAGAUGAGAGGCCGCGGUCGGGACCAGCGCAUACAUGUCCAUUUCUUUGAUGAACCUCCUACUAGGGGAUGGGUCAGCACCAGAUACAUUCGAGAGUACCAAGGGUCUGACAGCAGCGAUGCUAAACCAGGGGGAGUGUUUUUCACUGGCAAGCCUGUUAUCCGCCAUGCAAUGGAGCUUGCUGAUGGUGUUAUGUUUGACAGUCCUGAAAAAAGAUUGAAGAUGCCUGUCUGCAUGGAUCCAUCUGAUGAGGAAGACGAUGAUGAAGAAAUGGAGGUUGAUAAGUCAACAUCCACUGAUGAAGAGGACACUGAUGAAGAAGAACAGAAGAAUGAAGACACAAAGUCACCUAAAGUCAACCGACGCUCGUCCCGUGCUGCAGUGAAAUCAGGAAAUAAACCGAAGCGUCGUCGCAUUAUUGUAGCCUCAGACAGUGAUGGAUCAGAUGAGGAGUUUAAGCCAGAACAUGCAGCGAGCAGCAGUGAAGAUGAAGAGGGAGAAGGGACAGUGAAUAGUGAAGAGGAAGAGGAGAGCUCCCAGGAGUCAGAGCCAGAUAGCCCCGUCAAACCUGUAAAGCGCAAACGUCCCGCUGAGAAGGCAGCUAAUCCCAAAGCUAAAAUAGCCAGUACCCCGACUAACGCACCGAAACGAGCUCCAGCAGCUAUUACCCUUGACACAAAGUCCCGUUUGUCAGCCUUCUCUGCUCCAGACAGCUUUGAGAGCCAGACAAAUGGAUCCGGCGGCAGUAGUGGGGCAACAGUUUGGGACCAUGAGAAGCUCGACUGGCUGCAGGAUGGCAGGAGGAAAGACGGCAAAAGGCGGCGUCAGACAGAGGAUGACUAUGACCCCUCCACCUUAUACGUUCCAGAAGACUUUCUCAACAAAAACACUCCUGGCAUGCGGAGGUGGUGGCAACUCAAAGCUGACAUGUUUGAUACAGUCAUUUUUUAUAAGGUGGGAAAGUUUUAUGAGCUCUACCACAUGGAUGCUGUAAUUGGUGUCAAUGAGCUGGGACUGACUUUCAUGAAGGGCACCUGGGCACAUUCAGGUUUUCCAGAGAUUGGCUUUGGACGUUUUUCAGAUGUACUGGUUCAGAAAGGCUACAAGGUGGCUCGUGUGGAGCAGACGGAGACCCCAGAUAUGAUGGAAGCACGGUGUAAGACCAUGUUUAAACCCACAAAGUUUGACCGUGUGGUGAGAAGAGAAGUGUGCAGGAUUAUCACACGUGGCACCCAAACCUACAGCGUGUUGGACGGCGCUCCAUCUGAGAGUCAGAGCAAGUUUCUGCUCAGCUUAAAGGAAAAGGCGGAAGAGGAGAGCUCCAGUUGCUGUCGUACCUACGGAGUCUGCUUUGUUGACACGUCUGUGGGUUACUUCCAUGUGGGCCAGUUCCAGGACGAUCGCCACUGCUCACGACUGCGCACCCUGAUCGCACACUUUGUUCCCGCUGAGGUCCUCUUUGAAAAGGGGAACCCAUCAGUCGAAACACGCAAAAUACUGAAGGCCUCUAUGUCUUCUGCUCUGCAGGAAGGACUGAAUGCAGGCACUCAGUUCUGGGAUGCUCAGAAAACCCUCAAAACCCUUUCAGAAGAAGAUUAUUUUAGAGAAACUGCUGACAAGGAACAGGGGACAGGGAGUAAUUUUCUUCCAGCUCUUCUAAAAAAUAUGACCUCUGAGAGUGAUUCCUUGUGUCUCACCCCAAAGGAUGGUUAUGAACUCGCUCUGUCAUCACUGGGUGGAUGCAUUUUCUACCUGAAGAAGUGUCUGAUAGACCAAGAGCUGCUUUCCAUGGCUAACUUUGAAGAAUAUGUCCCUGUUGACGUUGAGAUGGAGAAAGCUGCUGGACCUGCAAGUUUUUUUGCACAGACCCGUCAACGGAUGGUUUUGGAUGGAGUGACACUGACAAAUUUGGAGAUAUUUCAGAAUGGUUCAGGAGGAACAGAAGGGACACUGCUGGAGCGUCUGGAUACCUGUUCAACGCCAUUUGGAAAGAGGCUCCUCAAGCAGUGGCUCUGUGCUCCUCUGUGUAACCCCACAUCCAUUUCAGACAGACUAGAUGCAGUGGAGGAUCUGAUGGGAGUUCAGGCCCAGGCCACAGAAGUUUCAGACCUGCUGAAGAAACUCCCAGAUCUGGAGCGUCUCCUGAGUAAAAUCCACGGCAUUGGCACUCCUCUGAAGGGCCAGGACCACCCUGACAGCAGAGCCGUUCUCUACGAGGAGGUCACCUACAGCAAACGCAAGAUAGCAGACUUCCUUUCAGCCCUGGACGGCUUUAAAACGAUGCAAGAGAUUAUAUCUGUCCUCUCUCCAGUUUCAGGAGAGUUUAAUUCGGCAUUACUCUGUCAAGUGGUGAAUCUGAAAGAUGAAAAGAAUGGCCUGUUCCCUGACCUUUCAGCUGAACUCCAGCGCUGGGACACAGCCUUUGACCACCAGAAAGCCCGCACUACUGGGGUCAUAACCCCUAAAGCUGGAUUUGACCCAGAGUAUGACCAGGCUCUGACUGGGAUCAAAAACUGUGAUCGAGAGCUGCAAGAUUACCUGGACAGACAGAAGAAGAGGCUUGGCUGUAAGAGUCUGACCUACUGGGGCACUGGGAAAAACCGCUAUCAGAUGGAGGUUCCCGAUAGUGUCUCUGAGAGGAAUAUUCCCGAUGAGUACGAGGUGAAGUCUACAAAGAAGGGCUGGAAGCGUUAUGUGACAAAGGAGUCUGAAAGACUUUUCUCAGAGAUGCAAGGAUUUGAGGAGAAGCGAGAUGCUGCUCUGAGAGACUGCAUGAGGAGACUCUUCUACAACUUUGACAAGAACUACAAAGACUGGAAGACUGGUGUGGAAUGCAUGGCAGUGCUCGAUGUUCUUUUGGCUCUGUCACGCUACAGUCAGGGGGGAGAUGGACCAAUGACCAGGCCACAGGUGGUGCUCCCUGAGGCGGGUCACCAGUUGAACUCUUUCAUUGAACUCACUGGAUCCCGUCACCCCUGUGUCACCAAGACCUUCUUUGGGGAUGACUUCAUCCCUAAUGACAUCUUCAUCGGCUGCCCUGGCACCAGUGAAGGCAGCGAUGAUGAAAAAGGCUGUGCCUCGUGUGUCCUCGUGACCGGGCCCAACAUGGGUGGAAAGUCUACUCUGAUGAGACAGUGUGGACUCAUGAUCAUCCUCGCUCAGCUGGGUUGCUACGUUCCUGCUGAGAGUCUGCGCUUCACACCAGUCGACAGGGUGUUCACUCGGCUGGGAGCCUCAGAUCGUAUAAUGGCUGGAGAGAGUACGUUCUUCGUGGAGCUGAGUGAGACUGCCAGUAUCCUGCAUCAUGCCACAAAACACUCACUUGUGCUUCUGGAUGAAUUAGGAAGGGGCACAGCCACGUAUGACGGCACAGCCAUUGCUAGUGCUGUCGUGAAGGAACUGGCUGAGAAGAUCUGCUGUCGCACACUCUUCUCUACACAUUACCACUCCCUGGUCGAGGACUACGCCAACAACCCUGCUGUGCGUUUGGGCCACAUGGCGUGCAUGGUGGAGAAUGAAUGCGAGGAUCCAAGUCAGGAGACCAUCACAUUUCUGUACAAGUUCAUCGGCGGUGCCUGUCCGAAGAGCUAUGGCUUCAACGCCGCUCGGCUCGCCAGCCUGCCCGAGGAGGUCAUCCAGUCAGGUCACAAGAAGGCCAGAGAGUUUGAGAAGAGCACCAUCAAUCUGAGACUCUUCAAGAAACUCUGCCAGUUCACUGAAGAUGCCACUCUGGGGAAAACACACUUUGCAUCUCUUGUUCAGAUGAUCAACACACUGUAGUUCUGUUAUUUUUUUGUCGUUAAAAUUCUGUUCACUUAGUACUACAAAAAAACACUACUGUAAUGAGCUAAUAAAGUUUAUUUUUAAAAAAUGACAAUGUUUCAUCUAGGAAAUUAAACCCUUUUAAUUCACGCUAGCGCCUACAUAACGGUUAUUGAAUACUUCACAAUAUAUUAAGUCUAGAUGUUAUGAUACAUGCAUACAUUUCAGUCUGUAUGAGAACCCACAAUCACCAGUACACAUGGAUGGGGGGGAGAGGGGUAAUGAAACCAUAUAGCGCUGUAUAUAGAUACUUGUCUCAGCUUCAGUAGAGUAAAAGCCUUUAAAUUCUCCAGCAACAUUGGUGAAAAAAGAAAACAAAACAUCAAAAUUUUUCAUGCUUUCACAAGACUUGUCUCUUUCAUUCUGAACCUAAAUAAAGUGAGAAAAUGUCCCAUUAAAAGUAACUCAGACCUGGUUAAAAAGCAGCAUGGAUUUGACAGA